AUGGUUUGUGUCGACUGCUUCACAAAAAUUAAUGUUAAAUUUGCACCAUAUGGGAUUUUACCCCUUAAAAAUGUACAUAACACAUCAUCUUAUAAAGUUAACGUAUUCGCUACAUUAACCUGUAAUGAUAACGCAGCAAAUAAAUUUGUGUUGCACGCUUCCGCUCGAAGCCUGGCCAAUAGGCAUCGCAAAAAAAUGGAAUUGAAUAGGUUGGUGAGGAAGCGAAAAUUAUCUACAACGGAAAGGUAUGAAGAUCUUGUGCGUAUGAACAUACGGAAUGACAAAUGCAACACUCAAUUAUCUCGUUUGCCCGUAUCUCCGAAUACAAAUCUGAACCACUUGGUGCCAUUUAAGACAAUCAGGUAUUUACGCAGUUAUGAGCCAUUAAAUCCAAGGCCGAUUUUGCGCACAGUGGGUUAUCAAUUUAAAGAGAUUCCAGACCCUACCCUCACUAGUGAAAGGGCUAGGGCAAUUGUUGAGGCAGGACUGCCAUUGGCAGAAAGAUUUGAAAGGGUUUACCCAUAUGAUAAAAGGCUGCGCGUAGAAGAUGCUAGGGGCAUGGGUAUUCAUAGCAGAAGGGAAACGGAGUUUCCCUUGACUGGUGAUCCGGACUCUAUUCCUACGCCAAUGGAUUCCAUAAAGUCUCAUAUGGAAUGGCAAAAACGUAUGUUGGAUCCAAAACAUCGUCCAUUGCCCCUUAAAAACUACGAACCACUUUACAACAAUAUUCAAAUUGACAUGAACCGUUUCUACGCCAUAAGGCAAAGGCUUAUUGAGUUUGUCAACCAAAUAACAAACGCAGUGCCAGGCAUAAUUCCUGAUUAUGUUUUAAAUACUGUAAAUGUGCCUAGAGAUGUCAAAUGGUCAAAGACACUAGAUGAGGCGGUAGAUGAGGGUGAUAUAUUGCUAAAUCCGCAUUAUUUUGGAAAGGAGGAUUAUUUCCAACACCCCUUUUACGGAGAUCCUCCGUUGCCAAGUGAUAUUAAAAAUCAUUUGGAUGAGUAUAACUCAAAUAACCCAAGGAAGAAGAUAACUUAUGAUAUGUUACUUUCGGAUACCAUUUAUUGUCACUCUAACGGUACCAUAAUGAAACUAAUUGAAAACUCCCCGCCUUAUGGCGGGGAGGCUGAGGAUUUUCCGCACAAAGAUCCAUGGGAGCCUCGAUUCAUCAUCCAAGUUAAGCCCGGGUAUAUUAAGGAGAACAAACUCAAAGUGGGUGACUUGUUUAAGCACUUAGACAAGGAGGCUAGAUUUAGUUUCUACGACAACUAUUUUUCCAUGCCCAAGUCUAUUCGGAUACCCAUGAGGCUGCCACACGGUCGAUUGAUAAACUAG